UUGGGUUUUGUUUUUAACUUAUAUCAGAAGCAACGCAAAUGGAUUUUUUUUAAGGAAUGGCCAAGAAGCAAAACAGCACGUGCGAACAGCAUAGCAAAGUCUACCUCUAAAAGUCCACCAAUGUCAUUACUUCUUCUGGAAAAGGAAACUGGUACAUUAGUUGGGCACGCAAGGCUCUGCCGAUUAUUGGAUGAGUCCGAAUUUUGUUGGAUUGAGUCAGUCAUUAUAGACCCAAACUUCCGGAAUAAAGGAGUUGGAAAAUUGUUGAUGUGCCUUGUGGAGAAAACCGCAGAGACGUUCGUGAAAAUGAGUACAUGGUUUAAUUUUCACCUAAACACUAUGAAGUGUGUGUUUAAACUAUCAUUCUGUCAACCUGAUUAUUUGGAUCUAAGUAAGUUCGCUGAAGAAAAGCUUCGUACGAGGAAUGUUGGCUUUACCUUGCGAACUGUGAAAAAAAUGUACAGAAGGCAGUUAAGAAGAGGCCUUUUUUGA